UUCACAAUACUGGUUUCAAUUUUCAAACGUGCAGGAACUCUCAUCUUCAAACCAUCGCUUGCCGCCAUUUACAUCCUUCAUCAUUCUCACUUCAGCUUGAGCUUCAUGAUCAAUCUUAAUGUCAGUACUCUCAUCUUUAGAUAUCCGCAUUUGGUCUCAAGAUCACCAUUCCAAAUCCCCUUCAUUUUGCUACUCCACACUCACUCUCUUCCACAUCACAAAGACAAACCCACCAAUUGGAACACAUCUCACGUUCUGAUUCAAUCAAACCCACUUCUCUCCCUCUUAGAAAGAUGCACUUCCAUGGCGCAAAUGAGGCAAAUUCAUGCCCAAAUGAUUUCAACCGGUUUGAUCUCAGACGGGUUUGCUCUGAGUCGCCUCGUUGCUUUCUGUGCGAUUUCGGAGUGGCGAAAUCUCGACUACUGUGACAAAAUUCUCGACGAUGCUGCGAACCCGAACGUUUUUUCUUGGAAUGUGGCGAUUAGGGGUUAUUUAGAGAGUGAAAAUCCCAGAAAUGCUAUUCUUUUGUACAGAAAAAUGCUGAGAAAAGGUAGGUCGAUUCCUGAUAAUUAUACUUAUCCUUUAUUGUUCAAGGUUUGUGCAGGUUUGUCGUUGAGUUGGACGGCUAAUGAGAUUCUUGGGCAUGUACUACAGUUGGGAUUUGGUUCGGAUUUGUUUGUGCACAAUGCGAUCAUUCAUGUGUUGGUUUCAAGUGGAGAAUUGUUGGCUGCACGUAAGGUGUUUGAUAAAAGUUGUGUGAGAGAUUUGGUUUCUUGGAACUCCAUCAUCAAUGGAUAUGUUAGGUGUGGGCUGGCAGACGAGGCAUUGGAUCUUUAUUACAAGAUGGGGGAGCUGAAAGUGAAGCCAGAUGAGGUCACAAUGAUUGGUGUCGUUUCAGCUUCUGCUCAGCUUGAAAAUUUAGCUCUUGGAAGAAAGCUUCAUCAAUUCAUUGAAGAAAUGGGUUUGAAUUUGACCGUUCCACUUGCCAAUGCGUUGAUGGAUAUGUAUAUUAAGUGUAAGGAUAUUGAGGCUGCAAAAAUACUAUUUGAGAACAUGACAAAGAAAACUAUUGUUUCAUGGACAACAAUGGUUGUUGGAUAUGCCAAAUUUGGGUUGUUUGAAAGUGCUGUGAGGCUGUUCAAUGAAAUGCCAGAGAAGGAUGUUGUCCCAUGGAAUGCUCUAAUUGGUGGCUUUGUUCAAGCCAAGCGUAGUAAAGAGGCUUUGGCUCUGUUUCAUGAAAUGCAGUCCAGUAAUGUUGACCCGGAUGAGGUUACUGUUGUUAACUGUUUAUCCGCGUGCUCUCAACUUGGAGCACUUGAUGUUGGAAUUUGGAUGCAUCACUAUGUUGAUAAACAUAAUCUUACUAUGAAUGUUGCCUUAGGAACUGCUCUAGUUGACAUGUAUGCUAAGUGUGGGAACAUAAAAAAGGCUAUACAGGUUUUUGAAGAGAUGCCAGGAAGAAACUCAUUGACAUGGACAGCUAUAAUUUGUGGUCUAGCACUUCAUGGACAAGCACAUACUGCCAUAUCUUACUUCUCGGAGAUGAUUAGCAUUGGACUGGUGCCUGACGAGAUCACCUUCAUCGGGGUCCUAUCAGCUUGUUGUCACGGUGGGCUGGUUGAUCAGGGACGGGACUAUUUUUACCAAAUGAGCUCCAAAUAUGGUAUUUCCCCAAAACUUAAGCAUUAUUCUUGUUUGGUGGACCUUCUAGGUAGGGCUGGCUUCUUGGAAGAGGCAGAAGAGCUUAUUAAGAGCAUGCCUUUUGAAGCGGAUGCCGUAGUGUGGGGAGCAUUGUUCUUCGGCAGCCGUAUUCAUGGAAAUGUUCAUAUGGGAGAAAGAGCGGCUUCUAAGCUUCUUGAGUUGGAUCCUCAUGAUAGUGGAAUUUAUGUGUUGCUUGCAAAUAUGUAUGGCGAUGCUAAUAUGUGGGAGCAGGCAAGAAAGAUAAGAAAGAUGAUGGAAGAAAGAGGGGUAGAGAAAACACCAGGUUGUAGUUCAAUUGAGAUCAACGGUUUAGUUUAUGAGUUUAUAAUUUGUGACAAGUCACAUCCUCAAUCGGAGAAAAUUUACGAGUGUUUGACACGGUUAACAAGACAGCUUGAACUUGUUGAGGUUGAAAUUUCUUCAUUCAAAGACUUCUCCUCUCUGUGUUAAUCUAGGCCGUCAGAUUUGAGUUGAGAAAACCUACCAAGUUCCGUCUCACAUGCUUGUGCUCUAAAAAUAUCAUUACGGAAAGCUGUCUAGCACCCCGAUGGAUUCCCCAGCUGUAAGGAUUUGAAAAUUUGGAGAUAUCCUUUGAAGUCUUGGGUUCAAGCCCCUGUGAUUUAAACCUCUUCAUAUCUCCCACAGAUAGGCCUUGAGUGGGUAAGGCCUAUCUGAAGAUUAGUGAGAGAUGGGAUAUAAGUAUAAUACAAGGAGCAGAGGCCCUCCGACACUCGGUUUAAAAAAGAUUAGUCAACGAAAGAAACCUUUCUAGUCUAGAAAUGAUUAUGAUUCUCUUCGUUAAUUAAGAGAUGAUGAAGUUCUACCUCUCGUAGUCCAAAAAGCGCUUCUUCAGUAAGAUCAACAUUUGAAGAAUCUUCUGAAUGUUAUAUUUGGAGUAUGACAUCUACUUGACAUGAACUUCAAACAGUUGAAAUGAAAAGCUAACCAGUCACUGUCGGCAACUAUUGCUGUCACACUCUUGGAACCAACUCUGACCUCCGACAACCACCUUUUAUGACAACUUUGGCGACUAACUCCAGGCUCCGACAACCACCUCCGGUGACAACUUAGGCAACCAACUCCAAUGACCACCUUCGUGCAACUAACUUCAAUGACCAAUUCUAGACUCCAGCAGCCACCUUCGAUGACAACUCCGAUAAUCAAUUUCAAGUUUUGGCAACCACCUCUGACAACAAACUCCGAUGACCAACUACGUCAACCAUCUUCCAAACUCCAACGAAAAUCACCUUCGAUAACCACUUUCGAGUGAACAACUCCGACGACCAACUUCGAGCUUCGACAACCACAUCUGAUAAUAAACUCCGACAACCAACUCCAAUACCACCUUCAUGCGACUAACUUCAAGCUCCAUCAACCACCUUCGACUUCAAACUCUAGCGAAAAUCAUCUUCGAUAAUCAACUUCAACAACCACUUUCGACUAUUAUAAGACUCAUGAUUGUUAAGGUAUAUUAUAGGGUUGUUAAUUAUAUAAAUAAUAGUAUUUUGUUUGCAUUUAGUGCAAUAUUUAUAUGUAGAAAUUUGUAAAAUAUAUUUUUAUUUAAUUGAAUUCGCAUAUCAAAUGAGUGUUAAGAAUACUUGUUAAAAUA